AUGCGCGAGGUAUUGCAACGCGACAUCAAAAAGGUGCCCACGCUGCGCGGCAAGACGGUCAUCACGCUCUUCUACGAGGCUAGCACCCGCACACGCGUAUCAUUCGAGCAGGCGGGCAAGAUUCUCAGCGCCGAUGUCAUCAAUGUCUCCGGUGGAGGAAGCAGCGUGGAGAAGGGCGAGUCUCUGUACAACACCGCCCUCACAUUGCAGGCGAUGAACGCCGACAUUAUCGUCAUUCGCCACCCGCAUUCGGGCGCGCCGCACUUCCUAUCCCGCUUCCUGAACUCCGCAGUCAUCAACGCGGGCGACGGCACACACGCGCACCCCACGCAGGCGCUGCUCGACCUGUUCACCAUCAAGUCGCACCUCGGCAAAGUCGAAGGGCUGAAAGUGGUCAUCGUGGGCGACCUGCUAUACAGUCGCGUGGCGCGCUCCAACCUCUGGGGCCUGACGAAGAUGGGAGCGGAAGUGACUCUGUGCGCCCCGCCCACACUGAUUCCAACCGACUUCCUCGGCGGCAUAACGAGCAACGGCAACGGCUCAUUGGAGCAUCCCUUCAGUGGCGUGCGAAUCGAAACGAAUGUGGAACGCGCGCUUGAGGACGCCGAUGUGGUGAUGGCGCUACGCCUGCAAACGGAGCGGCAGCGCGCCGGACACCUGCCCACGCUGCGCGAAUACUCGCGGAUGUACGGCAUCACGCCGCGUCGCAUGGGACUCGCCAAGCCGAAUGCGCUAGUCAUGCACCCAGGUCCCAUGAACGAGGGCAUCGAAAUCGACCCCGAAGUGGCGCACGGCGCGCAGGCGGUCAUCGAGGAGCAGGUCACAAAUGGCGUCGCAGUACGAAUGGCUCUACUAUACGCGGCCAUCACACCACGAGUGGGAUAA